CGUAGUUCAGGUGUAAUGCGAUGGGAAUGUGAUCAUGGAUAAAACACGGAUAUUAAUAUUAGUUUUGACAGUUUGGGGAUUUAAUGGAGGAUGUAAUGCUCUGUUGUGUAACUGCACCACGUCUCAGUGUGAAAAGAAUGGCUACCGCUGUGAGACGACAGGAGCCUGCAUGGCUUCUACCUCCCUUAUCGACGGCCAGGAGCAGCACGUCCGAAUCUGCAUCGAUAAAGAGAAGCUGAUUCCUCCAGGGCAGCCUUUCUUCUGCCGGAGCGCAGAGGGUCUGCUCAACAUUCACUGCUGCUAUACAAACUACUGCAACAGCCUGGACCUCAAAGUGCCCUCAGUGACCGUGCAGCCUAACUCAGCGGGGAUGACCGGGAGCUGGGGGCCGGUGGAGCUGGCUGCUGUGAUUGCAGGUCCUGUGUUUGUACUGUGUGUAUUGGUGCUACUGGGCCUGUUCAUUUUCCAGCACCACCAGAGAGCUUAUGGUCACAGACAGAGACUGGAGGUGGAGGAUCCCAGCACUGAGCACCUGUACCUAGCCAAGGACAAAACACUACAGGACCUCAUCUAUGACCUAUCCACAUCCGGCUCUGGAUCAGGCCUGCCUCUGUUUGUGCAAAGGACGGUAGCAAGGACGAUCGUGCUACAAGAGAUCAUAGGAAAGGGACGCUUUGGGGAGGUGUGGAGGGGGAAAUGGAGAGGAGGAGAUGUGGCAGUUAAGAUCUUCUCCUCUCGGGAGGAGCGCUCCUGGUUCCGCGAAGCUGAGAUCUAUCAGACCAUCAUGCUGCGCCACGAGAACAUCCUGGGCUUUAUUGCCGCAGACAACAAAGAUAAUGGCACAUGGACUCAGUUGUGGCUCGUGUCUGAUUAUCAUGAGCACGGCUCUCUGUUUGAUUAUCUGAAUCGAUACUCUGUCACCAUAGAAGCUAUGAUCAAACUGGCACUGUCUGCAGCCAGUGGCCUGGCACAUCUGCAUAUGGAGAUCCUGGGCACCCAGGGUAAGCCUGGUAUUGCUCACCGUGACCUGAAAUCCAAGAACAUCCUGGUAAAAAAGAACCUUACAUGUGCCAUCGCUGAUCUAGGCCUUGCAGUACGCCACGAGUCUGUCACAGACACCAUCGACAUCGCCCCCAACCAGCGUGUUGGCACCAAGAGGUACAUGGCUCCUGAAGUGCUGGAUGAGAGUAUUAACAUGCGUCACUUUGACUCGUUCAAAUGUGCUGACAUCUACGCGCUGGGGUUGGUGUACUGGGAAAUUGCUCGCCGCUGCAAUGCUGGAGGUAUACACGAGGAGUACCAGCUACCUUACUAUGACCUCGUACCCUCUGAUCCAUCCAUUGAGGAAAUGAGAAAGGUGGUGUGUGACCAGAGGUUACGACCCAAUGUGCCCAACUGGUGGCAGAGUUAUGAGGCACUGCGUGUGAUGGGAAAGAUCAUGAGGGAGUGCUGGUAUGCCAACGGUGCUGCCCGUCUCACAGCUCUGCGCAUCAAAAAAACCCUGUCUCAACUCAGCAUGGACGAAGAUGUCAAGAUGUGAAAGAAAACCAGUUAUGGUCGAUGUCUCUAAGAUAAACGUGUAUAAAACCUUACUACUCCAAACCGUCCUGCCAGUUUGAAAAAAAUGUAUUGCCGUCUGCCCAGUCUGACACGGCCUACCUCACCCUGAAAGCCAAAACUCUAAAAAUAUGUAUUUGCAUUGUAUUCCUGAACUUGAAACUGUCUCAAGUGCUCGUCCUCCCCACACGGCCACCGACUGCAGGAUCUCAUACUGCUGAUCUACCCCUACCACUGCUGUCCAUAGUAUAACUCUAGCCUGUCUGAUGGUAAAACUGUAUUAUCAUAUUAUUCAUGCUUAUUACAUUGUUUUAACAUGUCUCAUGUAAUCAGCUCACUCCGUAGAUGCCGUUUGAAUCGCGUUCCUUCAGAUUUACUCGGGCGAACUCCUGAUCUAUCUCACUGAAGCCAGGUUUUGGGCUGCUGGCAUGAAAAGGAAUGGGAUUUGAAUAUGGGUUUGUCCAAAUCUAUUUGCACUUCCCCGGGCUUUCUUGUAGGACAAAGGUUAACAGAGUAGCUUAUUUGAAUGUGGGUGCUAUUUUGAGCUUUAGCUGCUGCUGUAAUCUGAGUGCGUGUUAUUUUAGCCAAAUGGUAGAUUAAAGAAGAUAAUCCAAUUAGAUCUCAUAGGUUAGAGCUGGUGCUCGUGUCACUACUGAUGCUUAUAUAUACACACACACGUGCAUAUAAGCUGCUAUGUGCAGGCAUUUAUUAAACAUUUUAUGAGCCACAACUCAUAUAGAUGCACAGUUACUGACUGUAGGAAAAAAUAUCUGUUGCUCUUAUCUGUACACUUCAUCCUAGCAGUGGAUGACUUUGUUUUGUGUACAUCUUGCUAAGACUGGUCCACCACCAAAUAAUAAUCGAAUCGGAAAGGGGGUCCAGAUGGGCUACUGUUGGUAAUUGUGUGCACUGAAGGGUAGCUGUGGCUUGUAAAAUGGCAACAGAAUGUCCACAUAUAGAGGUCAGUGUAAGUGUGUGUGUGUGCGUAAAUAUAUAUACAUGUGUAUAUAUAUAUAAACAGUCCUAAAGAGCUAGUCAGUAGCAAAGCUUAUCAAUGUAGGACGUGAAUGAAUUUUUUUCUGCAUGUCUGACUCGUUCUGUAUGUUUUGUAUCUAUGUGUAAUGCAUGAACUGGAUAACUGGCAUCUCUUUCUGGCACAUUCUUGCACUAGUGAAUGAUGCAUUGUGUAUUUUUCAUUGUUUUGUUUUUAGUGUCUUUAGGGCUAUAUGACUUUAAGCAAAGUUAACGUAUAUAGGAUGACUUUAUUGAAAAGGUACAGCAGUGUGUGUGUGUGUACUUGGUCUUUGGAUUAAUUUGGUUUAAUACUAAGCUAGGUAAUGUGUUGGGGAGGAUUUUUUUCUGUAUCGGGUAAGCUAUUCCCACAGUGAUGGGAUUUGUUGUAGGGCUGGAGUGUAAACAUGAUCUGAGUUUAACCCAGCUGGUUUCCCAGGAUGCCUGAUUGGUGGUUAGUGAAACGCUGGUGAUACAGCAGAGUCGCUCCAAUGGUCUAUUUACUAAGCUAAUUGUCAAGGUCAUAUCAAUCAAAACCUCUUCAAGGUUCAAAAGUGGUCAUUGCGGCUCAAUGACGUACCUUAAAUACGUUUUUAAAGGUACUGGGUGUUCAAGACAUACUAAUUCCUAGUGCACACUUUAGCCCAAGUUACUAGAGGUACACAUUAGAUGUGGAGUAUAGGUAUCUAGGCUAUAACUGAUAGUCAGCCUACAAUUACAUAUUUUUUCUAAUCCAUUAACUACUCCUGUAUGUAGAGGUCGCUACAGUGAAUCACUCCGUUUUGUGUUUUUACACUCGCUGUCCUUCUUGACGUAACACUCCGUAUUUUAUUCUGGCCUAACAAGUGUACCUCCCAAUGGCCCCUUCCCGUCUGUGUAGAUGCCCCACCGACUGAUAGCACUUCUGAGAUUUAAACCCCGGAUCUCAGUGUUAAUGUACAAGCAAAUUUUACCGUAGCACCACCCGAGCGCCCAAAACCCUAUCAAUGUUAUCAUAGGACAGAAGUCAUCCCGCCUGCCGCCAUCACUCCGUAUUCGCUUGCAGAUUUGGUUCAGAGACUGUAUCGAAAUCCAAGCAUUGCCACUUACUGCCUGAUGAACCAAACCUUAAUGCUUUUAAACGUGGAGAAACUUGAGCUUAAAGGAUCGACACUGGAUUUCUGACUACUUUACCGAACACAACCUGAUUAAAUCAACCUAUCGAAUCAGCACUGCUGAACUUCUCCUGCUCUCUCUCGUCUACUCCUAUUGAUAUGCAAGUUGUAAAUAGUUUAUAUUAAAUGUACGCUUUUAUUUUUUGAUGGUGAAUUUUUCGAUCCUAUGAAUUUGAUUCUGUUCCAGUUUGCUGUAUUUUGUGAAUUUGUUUUAAGGAGUGUAAGCUCACAGGUACUACUGAUCUUUCUGUAUAGAAUACUCAGUCUUAACUAUAGCUAUAAACAUAUGAACUGUACAGAGAUAAGACUGGUAUCAUGUUAAAGGAUGAGUCGUUUUUAUUCAUUGCCUAUGUGGCAGGACAUUGUAAACAUGAACCUCUGAAGCAUGUGAAAGCCAAAAAUUUGAUUUGUGGAGAGUUGGGUGUUUUUUGGUUAUUUAAUUUUGAUUUGUUAUUUUGGGGGAAAUCAUGGAUGUUUUACACUGGAUUAUACACUACUGAAGUACACAGUACUCUACAAGUAUAAUGUACAAUCCACACUACUGUCUAUGCUCUGCUGAGCAUGAAACUGCUGUCAUCGGUCAAUUGUGAUUUUUUUGGGGUACAGAUGAGAAAAAGUUCACCUUUUACCUCGACUUUUGCUCUGUACUGUUAAGCAGUGGUAUUUCUUUCCACUUGGGUUUGACCUCUCCAGCUGAAAGUGUAUGUACAUAUAUUUAUAGCUUCCUGACAAAGUUGUUGCUGCUGCUGGGUUUUGGAGGCAUGAGAAUAAGUCAGGGUUGUAAUAUUAUUUAUACGUUUAGAUCGGCUACAGUUAUGCUUCUCAUUCAGAACAGAUCUGUGUAGCUAUGAUGCCUGAAAUGCCUCUUUAAUAUUAAAGUACACAGGACAGAUGCGAGCCCUCCUUUCUAUGUAUUACUGUGAGGAAAGUAACAGAUUAACCUUUGAUCCUGAAACCUGCCCGCUGAGUCUCACUCGGCUCCUAAACCCAAAUCACUUUUCAGGAAAUUGUUUCCAAUCAUGUACAUAGGUAAUAUUAUACAGUAAUAAAGACAUUUUCCUACA